AUGGUACAACCGGGAAAGAAGGCACCUGACACAUCCAACGGUACAUACAAAAAUACACAAUCCAACAUGUCAUUCCAGGCAAAGAACUUCGGGGGCGCGGGCAAGAGUGGACAGAAUGGUAAGGGCUUCACGGAUACGGCCAUCUCGAGCGGUAACCGUGUUCAAGGAGAGCGCACACUGCAGAGAUGGGUUCCAGAUGUUCCGGCGGAUACCACUGGAUCGCUCGAAUCCGCAUCGAGAAUGAAGCCAUCGGGAGGAGCUGGCUGGGAUCAAUUCGCUGAGAACGAGCGACUAUUUGGCAUGAAGACUGACUACGAUGAGAAUAUCUAUACUACCACCAUAGAUAAGAGCCAUCCUCAGUACAAGCAACGUCUUGCUGAUGCCGAGAGAAAGGCAAGAGAGAUUGAGCGCAGCGUUCCCAACAACGCUCACGUUGCAGAGGAGCGUAUUGUGGACAAUCUCGGACCUGAAGAGAAUGGUGGACUCGACGAAGAAGACAAGUACAGUGGGGUCCGCAGAAAGCAGGAUUUCCCUCCUUUGACCUCGUCGAGCAACAAAUAUACCCCCCCAGCGAGACGCGCACCCACAGGACAAUCGACCGUCAAGGGAGCCCCGGUGGAUCCUGCCAUCAUCUCUUCCCAGCUCGUUCGCCCCGACAAGCCUGUUACCGAAAAGGCUAAGGCCGCAGAUGUACCCAAGUCAUCGAAGCCCGAGAUCGCAAUCCCUCCCACCACGACCGACUCGAGCCACUCCGCAACACCCGAGCCGAAGGUCCCCGCUACAAACACUCCUUCAUCCUCCAGUCGCACCGCCUCACCUCAGGUCAAAGUUGAUGGCGUCCCCAAUGCUACAGCAACUGUUGAGCGUGACGUCGCAAGUGCUUUCAAAAAUUUCGCUGCACACCAGAGAAAGACUGUCGAGUCUGCUCGUACCGCACGAGCUCGGAACGACAAGGAGAUCAAGCUGAACGACCUGAAGAAGUUUGCUGACAGCUUCAAGCUCAAGACUCCUGUCCCUUCAGACCUUGUACCUAUCAUUGCGAAGGAUCCUGCGAAGCAGAAGGAGAUUCAAGAAAAGGCCAAGCGCAAUGCCGAGGAGAACAAGGCAAACCCAUCCGAAGGUGUCAUGCCCAUCCCACCUCCAGUCGAGGUAAGAUCCAGCCAACGACCUGGUGCUACCACUCAUGGUACAUCGCCCGCGAACAUACCUUCUCGACAAAAUACUACGCGCAAUACUGGUUACUCGCAUCAAAGUCAGUUCAGAGGAACCUCUCAAGCCCCCCAAGUCUCUCCAUCUCAGCAGAGCCGUCCUCCUCCUGGCGGGCUUGGAGGCCGGUUGAGGAGCGCAGAGCAGAAUAAGGUCGGCCAGCUGCCCCCCAACCCCACCCCAGCUCAUGAGGCAAGACAACCACCGACUGGCCCUGCCAAUGGUGAUCCAAAUCUCUCGCGACGCUCCAGUGGUGUAACAAGCACACAAGGAGCGAGGCUGAACCCCACCAUUGGAGAGUUCCGCCCAAGUAUCCACGCUCCUAGCUUCAACCCCAACGGCAACCCCAGCAGUGUCUCAAGUCCAAGAUCUGUGGUCAAUGCAGUACCUCAAGCUCCGAUUGCACGCUCCCUUCUCCGUCGCAAACCAAUCCCCGAAUCAGAGCGCCCGGCUCUCAAGGAAAAGUUCAAUUGCCUUGAUCAUAUCAUGACGAUCAAACCUGGACCGGAGAAGAACUGGAAGCAGACCGGUGGUCUGAAGCCUGCUUAUGAGACCCCAGUUCUUUGGAAGACGGUCAACGUUGCAGAAGACAAGCCAGAAUCCAAUAUCCAUAUGACUUAUACCAAGAUGUUUGAACUGGCACCUUUCCCAGCACACACCAUGUCUCCAGCUGCUCCGCCUCACGCCACUCCCCAGGUUCCCCACCAGCAUCAAUUGCCGUUUCACCUGCAGCAGAGUGGACAUGCCGGAGCUCGUCAAUCACCUCGUCAGGCCCCUGUGAGCAUGCAUGGCAGCCAUCACCCUCAUGGACCAGCACAGUCUUUCAACGGUCAUGAAGAUCACAGAAUGAUGCAGUCUCAGUCUGCCCAAUCCUUCGCAUCUCCUCGUCUUCAAAAUGUACCAAUGCAGUACAACUCUCCGAUGAACCAACCUGCACAAAUGUACGGCAACCCGCAGAUGAUGGGAUUCCCCGGAGGUGGACCGCCAAUUCCGUAUCAACAACGCUCAUUGUCUCAAAGUCAAGGAUUCGUCCCACCUGGAGGCCCUAUGGGCCCGAUCAUGAUGCAGAACCCUAACGGAGCGUUCAUGGCUUCUCAGGGUAUGGCACCUGGUCCUCCGAUGAUCUUUAACCAUGGUCAAGGCUUCAUGCCACCACCAAACAAUGGUAUGCCUCCACAGAUGCCGGGAGUUAAUGGCUACCCGAGCCCUGGCCGAGGUCCCCCCAUGAUGAUGCAGCAGGGGUCGCAACAAGGCCAUCAGCAACCACAGGCCUGGGGCAUGAACCCUGGCAUGAGCCCAAGUCCGCAGUACAACCAUGCGGCGCCUAUGUAUAACAACCAGCAGCCUCCUGGCCAGAUGGGUCAAAUGAGAGGGGGCUAUGGUGGACCAGGCCAAUUUGGAACCAGUCCCAAUCAACAGAUGCACCAGCUACCACCACAACAACACCGAAACAACGGCCACCCCAAUGGCAACUACAAUAACCAGAAGAACUUCCAGCAGCAAGGCUCACAUCAUCAAAAUGGCCCUGCCAAUAAUCAGGUUCCGACCGGGCCUCAGGCACGAGCUUCGGAGGGCAAUGAUGAGUCGAAAUGA